AUAAAAUCCGUGCCGGUCUCAAGAAAAUAGUUGAGAGGUAUUGAGGAGCUAAAAGCAAAAUGGAAAAGAAGCUUCCAGCACCUGCGCUGAAACUGCAUUCGACGACAACACCGAGCGAGGAGGAGCGCAAGCCCGAGGAUCAUGAAGGACGCCAACGAUCUUUCCCCCACGAACGCGGAAUAUGGGCCAGCUACGUGUACAUCGACUAUGAAGGGCAAGAGGGCCUAGAGCGUAUGCAGCAAGAAUGGAACCAGGAGCUUCGGGCGGCCGGCAUCAAAUACUUUCAACCUGUCGGGCAUCUUCACCUGAGCCUUACGAAAACAUUCACCAUUCGGCACCAUAACAUCGUACCGUUCGUCGGUAGUCUGCAAGAGCUACUAGGUGUUCACCGACGGUUUCGUCUCGAGCUGGACGGAGUUGGAGUGUACGUGAACGAGGAGCGGACACGGACUUUUAUCGGUGUUCGGAUCGCCGAAGUUUCCUACCCACCACUGGACAGACUAGUGACCGAGUUGGACGAAUGUUUGCUGGAGUACAAGCUACCGCGCUACUACGAAGACCGUUCGUUCCACAUCAGUCUGCUGUGGACCUUGGGCGAUCAAUCGGAGAUAAUGACCAGUAGGCUACCGAAACUGACGGAGCAAUUCGAAGAGAUUUACGAGGACGAGUACACCGAUUUAACACAAACAAUUCGAAAACUCUGGUUCAAGUGUGGCAAUAAACUUUAUCCUUUUCAACUUGCGUGA